GGGGGAGAGGAGGUAGAGGGAACCGGGAAGGGACUUGAAUUGGACAAAGCUGAGCAGGCACCAGUCAUGCUUUAACAGAAACACCUAAUGCUUCACAGAUCAACUGGAAUUUUGUCCUUUCUAAAACUGGGGACAUUGGCUUGCUUUCAGAAAUUAAUUUGCUGGCUCAACGUUAGUCAUGGCCAGCAAACGUAAAUCCACCACCCCUUGUAUGAUACCUCUUAAAACGCUAGCACCAGACAGAAGCACAGAUAUUUCUGAAGACUUCAAUGACAAGUCUGCAAAGCAAGAAGGAUCAGAGAUCCUGCAAGCUACAGAUCUGAGUGACGGCAAUAAUGAGGCACAGUCUAAUGGGCAUGAAAAUGUUGGUGGUGACAAGUAUUUCUGUAAAUACUGUAAUUUUGGUUCUCAUGACACACAACCAUUUAUUGAACACAUGGUUCUAAAACACACUGGAUUCAAAGAAGAUCCUUCAUAUGUCUGUAUUGCCUGCAGCUUCCUUGUAAAGGACUCUAAAGAAUUGGCAGCUCACAAUGCUGAAAAUCACUCUGAGUCAAACCUUGCUUGGAGUGUGGCCAAGCAUGAGAAUUACACUAUUGUUGAACAAAGCCUCACUGACCGUAAUUCAGACCCAAUCAUGCAUCAGCAUCUUCCUGAGCAAAGUGUUGACGAGUUUUCUGAAAUUUCCAUUACAAAAACACCUAUAAUGAAGAUUAUGAAAAACAAGGCUGAGACAAAAAAAAUAGUUACUAUUAAAGAUUCCAACCAUUUAUCAGAAGAAGUGGAGAAAAAGCCCCACCACCUGUCAAGCAAUGGUUUGCUACCUGGCAACAAAGUAGUCAACAAAGUUAUCAACAAAGUUAUGAAUUCUUCUCCAGUGAAUGGAUCAAUCAUAGGCACAGUUCCAGUUCUGCAAACUGGGGUAACGCAACUGUUAUCGCUAAACUCUGCCCAGUCGGUAAUGCAACCCAAACUUCCAACAAUAAUCUCACCGGUUCUGACUAAACCAUCUGUUGCACUGAAAUCUCCACAUAUUACACAGCCACAUACACCUAAAAACCUCCCUAAAGUAAUGAUUCCCCUAAGCAGCAUUCCAACCUAUAACGUUUCCAUGGAUUCCAACGGUUUCUUGAAAAACUCUUUCAACAAGUUUCCUUAUCCCACAAAGGCAGAGCUUUGCUAUUUAACAGUAGUGACAAAAUAUCCAGAAGAACAAAUAAAAAUCUGGUUUACAGCCCAGAGGUUAAAACAAGGUAUCAGCUGGACACCUGAAGAAAUUGAAGAUUCUAGGAAAAAAAUGUUCAAUACAGUCAUUCAGUCCAUCCCACAACCCAUGCCUCAACCAACGAUAACUGUUCUCAAUGCUCCACUUGUUACGAAUACCAAUAAUGUACAGCCUCUUAUUCAAGCAUCUUUGCCUGGUCACAUUGUAAAUCAACCCCAAAGAGCAAGUGGCUUACUUGUAACCCAACCGAUCAUUCAGAAUGGGAUUCAAGGAGCCAGUACAGCUGUGUCAUUGAACUUCACAAACAUGACGGCACAUCAGGCCACUACGCAGACCAUGUCUUCAUCUUCCGAUGUACAUGUUGUUGGAUCCACUCGCCCCCUAACGCCAACAUCACCUACCUUGUCAUCUCAAAGCCUGUUUGACUCCACCAGUAACAGGUCCAAAAAAUCCAGGCAACAGUUGACUGCCCUAAAAAACAGUUUCUACAGAACUCAGUUUCCAUCUCAUGGGGAAGUUGCAAGGUUAACAAAAAUUACAGGACUCAAUACAAGGGACGUUAGGAAGUGGUUUAGUGAUAAAAGGUAUCACUGGCGCAACAAGGCAGCAAAUGCAAUUGACAGUAGCAGUAUUAUGCUUGAUACCUCCGCGGACAUUACUUAUUCCAUGAUAAAAGAACAAGAUUAUACAUUGCAAACAAGUGUUUCCGCUUCAUCCCACUCAUCUAGGAGGCACUCCUGGAAUACAACACCAGACUUUACGCCAAAAUACAAGGAAAGGGCUCCUGAGCAGGUUAGGGCUCUAGAGAAAAGCUUCUUCCAGAGCAGUUUUCCUACUGUAGAUGAGGUUAACCGUUUAAGGAGUGAGACCAAAAUGACCAGGCGGGAAAUUGACAGCUGGUUUGCUGAAAAGCGCAAAAGGCUUGCUGAAGAAAAUAAAAAAUCAAAAGUAGAGGAUCAGGAUUAUGAGGACUCUUCUGAUGAGUUGAUUAUUGCCAACAGCAUUGGGUCACCUUCUGCAGAAAGCCUAGUUCACAUCCCUGGUGAGAGAAAAGUAAAUCCAAUCAAGAUAAAUCUUAAGGCUCUUCGUGUAACAGAGUCUAAUGACGGCACAGAGGUGGCCAGUGAGAAUGACAACAGUAUGAGUUUUGAUGGUGAGACUGUUGCAGUUCCUUCCCCCAAAAUCAGGCAUGUUAAAAAAACUACCCAGCAGAGGGAUAUUUUGAAGCAUAUGUUUAUCCAAACACAGUGGCCUUCCAGUGAGGAAUAUGAUCGUCUUGUUGAACAAACAGGGUUGUCAAGAACUGAUCUUGUGCGUUGGUUUGGGGACUGCCGGUACUCCUUUAAAAAUGGACAAUUACGAUGGUAUGAACGUUACAAAAGAGGCAUGGCAGAGACUAAGCCUGUUUCCUAUAAGCCACUUUUGGACUAUUACAGCCAGCAUCAGUUGGUCUAUGAUUAUGACCUUGAAGGACUUUGUGAUAAGACUGGAUUGCCUCCAGAAGAGGUGAAGUCUUGGUUUGCAAGCAGGAUGGAGGAAGACACCCGCGCUGUGUCAGAUGCCGGUAGCGAGGGACUACACUCUGAUGUUGGUGAAAAGGCAGAAGUGCCGAUGGAAGCUUACGAUGGGGUUUCUGAAAUGUCAGAAAAUAGCGAAUCCUGGGAGCCAGCAGCACAGGAGCCAUACAUAGGUGCAGUUCAGUCAGAACAACAGUCCGACAUUCAACUUGAGGCUGACUAAAGCAAAGAGAGACGGCUUAUAAGAGCAAUAUUUUUACUGUUCAUCUCCAUUUUUAUGGGAUUAGGAAAUCAAUUUGGAGUGCUCAUUUUUUACUACCAAAUUGGAUUCAAAAAAAGUAGAAGGAGCAGUUUAGUAUGUACAAAGGGAUUUUGGGACCUUAUUGCCUUGAGCCAAUUCCUUCCCAUUGCAAGAGACGUUUUCAGCGUGUAUAAAGUUAUGACUUUUUCCAGAUGAUGUGGGAUCCUUGUGCUUUGUAAUUUUCCAAAUUUCCAUUUCUCGUUCAAUAUAUUCUGUUGGUACAGAAGCUUAUUUAUAUAACAUUUACAAACUUACAAAAAUUUAGUAUCCAUGUCCUUGUAAUUUACUACAAAACUUUCUAGUGAAAAUAUUGUUUGGACUAGCUGGUUAUAAAUAAAGUUUUUUCCCUUGCUAUUUUGCCAAUGGACAUAAAAUGUAGUUAAAUGAGUAAAGACAGAUUAAAUCUUA